AUGUCUGAGAGCUCAGUAGCUUAUCGCGAUGGUCCCCCACGUGGUGCCGAUGGCAAGCCGUUGCCGCUCGACUUCACCCAUCAUCUUUCCGAGGUGACAAAGCGUCGCCAGGCGAGCCAGAUGAAAAAGUACUAUCGGUUCUUUCAGAUUCCCGGAAUCAAGAAUCUUGCUGGCGGUCUACCAAACACCAAAUUCUUCCCCUUUGAGACUCUCGAAGCCCAAACCGCAAAGCCCGAGAGAUGGCAACCCACGCCGAACCACCCGGGAACCGACAAGGACAAAAAGAACCCGGCGGCAGAAUCCGCUCACAUCACCGUCCCCACGAUCUCGGGUGAGGCCAACCCCGUGACGAAGGUGGACGUCGCCACAGCGUUGCAGUACGGUCAAGCAAACGGCUACCCUCCACUCCUUGACUGGGUUCGCAAGUUCACCCGCGAUCACCUCCAUCCGGAUGCGCCCUACAGCGGCGGCCCGGAUGUGAUCCUCACCUGCGGCUCGACCGACGGCUUCGCCAAGACGCUCGAGAUGUUCGUCAACCCCUGGAUCGACGGGCUUAACGACCCCCGGGAGCGUCCGGGGUUGCUGUGCGAGACAUUUGUCUAUGGUAACAUCCUCAGCCAGGCGGAACCGAAGGGCGUGCAGAUUGUGCCGAUCAAGGCGGAUGAGAAUGGUAUGUUGGCUACGGGAGAGGGUGGGCUGGAGGAUGUGUUGGCGAACUGGGAUGUGUCGAAGGGGAAGAGGCCGCAUUUGAUGUAUACUGUGACCCUCGGUCACAACCCAACCGGCUUCGUCAUCCCCGUCUCCCGCCGCAAGGAAAUCUACGCCAUCUGCAGCCGCUACGACGUGAUCAUCGUCGAAGACGAGCCCUACUGGUACCUCCAAUUCCCAUCCGCCACCGCGGCCAACACGGCCAAGGCCAAGGCCAGCGGCCUGAAGCCCUCGCAACCCGAGCAAGGAGGAGAAAUCUUCAAGCGCACCGUCUCAACGGGCUACCCCUUCCUCGACAGCCUCACCCCCUCCUACAUCUCCAUCGACGUCGACGGCCGCGUCAUCCGCCUCGACACUUUUUCAAAAACCAUCGCGCCCGGCUGCCGUCUUGGUUGGAUCACCGCCCAGCCCGAGCUCAUCGACCGGUUUAAUCGCAUCGCUGAGACUUCGACGCAGCAACCUUCGGGUUUUGUGCAGAGUCUAGUGGCAGAGUUGGUGAUGGGGCCUCAGCCUGAAGCUCCCUCCUCCUCCUCCACCACCGCUACCACCUCGUCUUCCAGCGGCUGGUCCUUCUUCCGCUCUUCUUCUUCUUCUUCUUCCUCCUCCUCCCAGCCUCAACCAGCAAAACAAACCCCCUCCGGCGAAGGCUGGCAAAUGACCGGCUGGGUCCGCUGGCUUGAAGGUCUCCGCGGGAUGUACGAGCGCCGCAUGAACCGGAUGUGCACGAUUCUCGACAGCGGUUCCUCUCUGAUUUCCUCGUCUACCCGUCUGCGCGCCACCACCAAUGGUUCCUCUGUUGGAACACCAGGCGACUGGGAAGUCAUCACCACCACCCCGCUAUACACCUACUCCUGGCCUGAGGGUGGUAUGUUCAUUUGGUUGCGGAUGCACUUUGAUACGCAUCCGCUCUGGCAACACCCCCUUUUCUUUCCUAGCAAUGGAGAGGGAGAGAAGACCAAGGUGAUUGACGGCCCAACUAUCUCCCUUGCGCUCAUGCUGUUCCUCACUCUCAAACCGCACCUGGUUUUGGUUUCUGCGGGCAACAUGUUCAGCGCCACAUCCCAGAUCAGGGAGGAUGUCGGGUGGCAGUACUUCAGGUUGUGUUUUGCGGCGGUGAGCGAGGAGGACGUGGAUAGCGGAGCGCAGAGGUUUGUGGAUGGUGUGAGGGCGUUCUGGAAGAUUACGGAUGCGAGGGUGAUUGAGAAGUUGGUGGAGCAAAAGGUUGAUACUGAGGAGGUGGUGGCGAGGGUGAUGGGACAGGAGGGGGUGAAUAACCUUGGGGGUUGGUUGGGAUGCUAGAAGCUGAUCUGAUAGGCUCUAUGAUGGGAUUUAGACUGGUGUGACGAAGGAAGGAUACAAAUGUGUUUAUGAUUUUACGAUAAUUGGGACAUCGCGAAUUUGGUUGAAUAUGAGUCCCUUGAAACGAGUUUGCUGCGUAUAGUCACAUUGACACCAACCUGCAAUUUAAGGCGACUAAAG